AUGCCUUCUUUGGACGUACUACAUCAGCCGACCUCCUCGGAAGGCAACGCUACAAGAGCAGAACAAGUACUUUGCAAGGUGUCUGGAACUCUUAGCCGAGAAGAUAGUAAAGAUGGAACCAACCUUAUUAUACCGUCCUUGAACAGUAAAUCUCACAUAUUCGAAACGAAAAGGGAAAAUAUUGAGGUUCAUGUUCGGUGUGUCGAUUCGUUGCAGAACAGCGAGAAAGGAAGCGCCAGCAUCGAGAGUAAAAACAAUGAAGAUAUUACAAUGGGUUUCGGAGCCUGCCCUAACCAAAGAACAAUUGGCGCACUGCAGACAUCCUUUGGGAAAUUGUUCAGAAUCGGUACCAUGGGAGACGUUACGUGGACAACGGAAAUCCCGACGAAACCGUGUUGUUUUGUAUUCGCGCACCCUUGCCCUACCAAAGGAAGAGGAACCAAUGGCGAUCAAGAAUCCAUGUCUCAGGUGUCAAAAUGUGAUGAACAAAAUGAAGCAUUUUGCAACAAUACACUUAUGGUAGUCGAUACAUUUGUUAAUGAUACUGACCGUCGUCAUCUUGCAUCUUUUAUUGGUUGUGAGCUUCCUAGUGAUAGUGGUGAUCCAAAAGGACUUAAAUUAUACAUUCUGUGGGUUGCAAAAUUUGGUUUCAAUCACAUCAUUAUUAUUGGGGAGAUCGAUUAUGGAAUGAUUUUUUUAGACUGUUAUGGUCGUGUAUUUAUGUGGGAGGAUAUGAUGCAAGUUUUGUGGCCAAUGGGAGAUUCUUUGGAAGAGGUGAAAUUGAACCAUGGAAAAGAUAAAUUGUUCUGGGUUGUGGAGGACGAUGGAAUUGUAUAUGAGUUCGAAUCACCACCUGAACAUGUAUACACCACUAUAAAAAAGGCAAAGAAGAAAAAAAAGCACCAAAAACGUCAUUAA